GACAGUCUUUGUUUUUCUUGCAUCUGUGGUUUCAUUGCAUUUUGUUUUCUAAUCAAUUGAAAAUAAAACUACGCCAACGUAUUUGCUUUUUAUAUCAAUGUUUCGAUGGAUGCAUAUCUAAAAGCUUUCAUUGUAAAUAAUGGGCUCUUGUCUGUGUAAAGAUAAAAACGAAAAUGAAGAAGACAAUGAUAAUGGCGUUGACCGUACUCAUCGGCAUUCAAGGGGCUCCCUCAGAAACUCAUAUCGCAGUCCGGAAGCGCUGCAGACAAAUGCCACAUUGAAAACGCUUUCGGAUACUGUUGACAAAUUAGUUCGCGAAACUUUAGAUGUGAUUAGUACAAUAAUUGACAAUGAGCCGGAACCGCCCAGCUCAAUAUUAAUGCUCCAUAUGAUAACAGAGAAGCCAGCUGGUUGGAUUGAACUUGUACGGUCAUUGAUGCGUGUAGUUCCGGUUGAACAUCCCAUGGGACCGAGUGUUAUAGCUCUGCUUCUCGAUGAUAGUCCACUGCCCACGAAAGAGUCUGUAUUAAAAGUCGGAGAAAUGGUUGCUCCAAAGUAUGGUUUAAAGAGUAAUCUUCGCAAAGAACGCAAUCUAUGUGUCAUACUUGGCUGCUUGGCAGAAAAAUUAGCAGGUCCUAGCAGUAUUGCAUUACUUAAUAAUUCCAUGUUGAAGUACCUGAUUAGUAAUUUAAAUGAAGACAUCGAACCCAACAUAAAACUUCUUUCACUCAUCGCACUCGAAAAAUUUGCACAAACCAGUGAGAAUAAAGUAACAAUACAGAAAUCGUUGCAAGAAGUGAAACAAAGUCCACUGGUGUCCCUGGAAAAACAUGUAUUAUCAUCUAAUUUCCUGCUACGACAAAUAGGGUUUUGCGCUUGCUGGUGUUUAGAUAACUACUUUCCGGUAAGUGGGCGCAAGUAUUCCUACGAGACUACAGAUGUAACAAAUGUUAACGCCAUGCUUAAUAAGAAGGAUGUUAGUGAAUAUUUAAAGAUAUCGCCAGAUGGAUUAGAAGCGCGAAGUGACGCUUACACAUUUGAAAGUGUGCGUUGCACAUUCCAGAUAACCAGUGGCUGUUGGUAUUAUGAAGUCCUAAUGAUCACACCUGGUGUAAUGCAAAUCGGCUGGGCUACUAAAGAGUCAAGUUUUUUAAGUGACGAUGGGUAUGGAAUAGGUGAUGAUAAAUUUUCUAUCGGAUUCGACGGUUGUCGCAGCCUAAUAUGGCACAAUGCCAAGUCCAUACCACACAGUUUACCAACUUGGAAAAGUGGCUCGGUUCUUGGUUGCCUAUUGGAUCUAGAAAAGUGGGAAGUAGUUUUUACGCUGGAUGGGGUUUCGACAGAUCCUUAUAGACAUAUAUUCAAUAGCGUUAAGGAAGGAUUUUUCGCUGCAGCAAGUUUUAUGUCGUUUCAACAAUGUAGAUUUAAUUUUGGACUGGAACCCUUUCGAUAUCCACCACAAAGAGAUUUUCACAAUUUUAAUGACAGUGGAAUACUUUGUUCAAGCGACAAAAUUAUUUUGCCGCGGCAUAUUUAUCUAGACAUGCUACGAAAAGUAAGUGUGCGCGAUGACUCAUGCACACUUUGUUUCGAUAAGAAGGCUACGAUGAGGUUGGAGCCAUGCUCACAUAGGGGAUUUUGUGUGACUUGUACCGAACAAUUAAAGUUUUGCCCUAUGUGUCGCUCGGAUAUUCGUACAAAAGUACAAGAAUGCACUGAAAGUCCUGUUAAUAAAGAAGUCGCCGACGUGGAAGACACGCAGACACAAACAUGACAGAUACUUAAUCUCAAAUCAUAGUAAUGUAAAAAAGUAGUUGUAGUAACAAGAAACGAUCCAUACAUUUUGCCUAUAUCUCUUCAGAGUUUUUUUGUAAAUAAGUUUUAA